AUGCCAGCACCACUUAUUUCACCUGCUGAAAAAAGCUAUAUACAACAAGGUGUCGAGCAAGAUUGCCGUGCGGAUGGCCGAGCACGACUAGAUUACCGUCAUUUUGUAGUUGAAUCGGGCAUUUUAUCGCAAGCAUCAGGAAGUGCGCGAUGCCGUUUAGGUGACAGUGAUAUAUUAGUAGGUGUUAAAGUAGAAAUAGGCGAAGUAGAUCCUUUACGACCAAAACAAGGGCGCAUCGUCUGUAAUGUUGAGUGUUCUCCUAGUGCCUCUCAACAGUUCGAGGGUCGCGGUGCAGAUGAGUUGAACAACACACUUACUCGAACUUUAGAUCGGCUUUUCAGUGGACCACAGAGCGGUCUCGACUUAGACAGUUUAUGCAUUAUUCCCAACCAACAAUGUUGGGUGCUUUAUGUAGAUGCCAUGGUCAUGGAUGCAGCAGGCAAUUUACUCGAUUGUAUUGUUCUGGCUACACGUGCCGCUUUAUACAAUACCCGUAUUCCCAAAACAGAAAUAGAAGAUCUUGGAGAUGGUGAAUUUGCUUUUGAUGUAAUGGACGAUAUCGAAGAUGCUGAACCUAUUAAAGGCUGGGAUAACAUGCCCAUUUCUGUAUCACUUUAUAAAAUGGGCUUGAACCGAUAUAUCUUGGAUCCUACAACAUUAGAAGAAUUAUGUUCAGACGCUGUAUUGACAGUGGGCGUGAAUAAGUUAGGACAAGUGUGUAGUAUGAAGAAAUCACUGAACGGAAGUAUUGAGACCAGUUUAUUAAACGAGAUGAUCACAACGGCAACAGAAGUAGCAAAACCAAUUAUACAGCAAUUUGAUACAAAGUUAAUAGAUGAUGAAAGGAUUGUACAAGAGAAAAAGAAACAAGGGACACCAGUGGAAACUAUUGGUUUCUUUGCUUCAGUUAUUUAA